AUGUGCCGGUUUGUAGGGGUUACGCGGGAUUUCAUAGCAAAAGUGACCUGGGAGAGAAGGGAGGGUCGUAAGUCCUCUUCAGUGUGACCCAGCUGUGAAAUCUCGGGGCGAGUAAAUAUAUAGGAAAUGGGGAAAUUGCGUUCAGCUUAUGGGGUCUUGUCAGGGAACCAAUGGAGACAAUGAGGUUGAACAGCCCGGAGAAAAGGAGGCUCAGGAGUGACCCUAUCGCACUUUACUACUGCCUGACAGGAAUUGGUUGUGGCCGGGUGGCGGUCGGGCUCUUCUCACAGGUGACAAGUGACAGGACAAGAGGACACAGUCUUAAGCUGCUCCAGGAGAGGUUUAGGUUGGACAUUAGAAAGCAUUUGUUCACACAAAGGGUGAUUGGGCACUGGAAUGGACUGCCCAGGGAGGUGGAGGAGUCAUCGUUCCUGGAGGUGUUUGAGGAAGGACUGGAGCUGGCACUCAGUGGUUGGCACGGGGUGUCCAGUCACAGGUUGGGCUCGAUGAUCUCAGAGGUCUUUUCCACUCUCAUUGAUUCUGUGAUUCUUUGAAACUGAGGCUAGAAGCUGAGUAGAGAAGAGAUGUGUCUUUUGUGACUGGCACCUAAACUUGACUACAAGCACAACAUUUUGGGAGUGUCUACAAAAGGAAAUUUAAGAACAAGGUGUUUGCCAAAAUAUCAAACAGGUCAAACCGAGCUGAAGGUGCCUGUAGCUGUUGCUUCUGUUUCAAUGGAUCCUGAUAGAGGUUCAGGAGGUCUGACAGGGCAGCAGGGCACUAAUGAAGGAGGAAUGAAGAGUGCUUCUUUAAAGGAUUUGUGUCCUGAGGACAAGAGACGCAUUGCAAACUUAAUUAAAGAACUUGCCAGGGUAAGUGAAGAAAAAGAGGUGACGGAAGAACGGCUGAAAGCUGAACAGGAAUCGUUUGAGAAGAAGAUCAGACAGCUAGAGGAGCAGAAUGAACUUAUCAUCAAGGAAAGGGAAGCUCUUCAGCAGCAGUACAGAGAAUGCCAAGAACUUUUGAGCCUUUAUCAGAAGUACCUAGCUGAGCAGCAAGAAAAACUAUCACACUCCCUUUCUGAACUCAGUGCUGCCAAGGAAAAGGAGCAGAAGGUAUCCAGUGGGAAGAGCUUGUGCCAGCAGCACUCUUUGGGGCUGGACAGCUCCUGCUUGGCUUUUGGAGGACCUUGGACUCUUCAUAAGAACAGCAGAGCACCGAAGGCUGUAAGCCCAGCCCGUGUUGUGUUGUCUCAGCCUUGCAGGAAUAACCGCGAUUACAGGACUGAGAUGCGUUACAGCCAUCAGGAAUGUCUGAAGGAGUAUCCGAUGGAGAACGACUUGCACAGAAAGCGCAACAAUGUGAUUUCCCCAGCCAAGCAGAGGAGCCCUCACCAUGUAAAGCAAGCUCAGGAGGUGAACCAGAGGGCAAGUGAAAUUCAGAGUGCAUGCCCUCAGCAAGUGAGCCAUGGCUGUGCCUGGAGGCAUGUGGGGAGCUCAGGGAGCGUGGAAGAGAGCUGCUAUGUCAGCCAGGUACUUAGGAAACACUCGGGGACAGUUCACAAGACCCAUGAUCAUUCCAGGCACUGUCGAGGUUCUAGGCUGAAUCACAGCACAGACUCAGGCCCUAAGGAAACAGAGCUGGCUAAAAGAUUGUAUGAAGAAAGAAGGCAGAAGCUGCUUCUUCAAAAACUGGAGCUGGAAAUUGAAAAGGAACGACUCCAACAUUUAUUGACUAAGCAAGAAGCAAAACUGCUCCUAAAACAACAGCAACUACACCAAUCCCGUAUGGAUUAUAACAGGGUUAAAGGCCCUGUACCUGGCUCAGAAGAUGUGCCCGUUGCUGAAGCACCCAGAGAUCUUGCUCUGAUGAUGAAUGGCAGCAGCAUGGGGCUAAGUGUCCCUGUGUUGAAAUAUGAAGAUUAUUUACUGAGGACAUCUCCAGUGAGCAAAAACUCCAGAAAACCAGGGAGCAGUCAUGGGAGCAGUUCAGGGAAGAAAAUGGUUGGCCUUGGUAUAAACAUGGAUGAUGGGCAAAGCCCUCAAAUGCAGACCAAGAGGGAAGGCACCAAGUCCAGGAAAGGGACAACUUCAGGACUUAGGAAGGAUGCAGCCAUGUCUCCUGGGUUGAUGGGCAGCAGCAAAGUGCCUGCAACCACAGCCGUAUCACCGAUUCAGCAUGACCCUUCACGGUACCAAGCCUCUCUUCUUGGCCUGGUGGAGUCUGUGAGCCCAAUAUCAGCUCCAGGACAGCUCUGCUGGGAACCUUGUGACGGGAACAAACCGCACCCGCCCUGCUGCGUGAGCCACAGGCUGUCCUCCUCCUGGUGCCAGAGCCCCUGCAGCCCCAGGAGCAGAGCAGAUGAGCUGGAGGAGAGUCGGCUCCUCGAGGAGAUCUUCUUCAUUUGACACUGCUCCUUGGUCUACACCUCCUCUGAAAUUAUUGGAGUGAUCACCGCUUGUUUUCCCUCUUCUAAAACAUAGCUAAUUAGCAUCCAGGUUCAUUGUGGAUUUAGUGAUCAUGAUGCAAGUAUAUUGUUGGGGUACGCCAAUCAGAAAGUGUUAACUUUUUUCCUAAACCUUUCAUGUGCCAAGUAAUCAAUUUACAAUAGCAUUUUUUUAAAAUCUACAACAUUUUCUAAUACAUUGAAGUCACAGUUUUGCCAGCUUUAUGUCGGAAGUAUAUUUCAUUAUUGAUUUUUUUUGUUCUAAAGCAGUGUGCAAGAGCUGCCUAACAUUCAACAACCAGCAUGUUCAAAGUAGAUUAUUUUCUAAUUAAACAAGUCUGUUUAAAACCUGGCAUAUUAUAAAGGUACAAGCACUUUAGUACUUUUUCACUGAUUUUAUGAUCUACUUUUUCCUUCAACAUUCUGAUAUUUAACACACUGAGUUUUUAGGGGAUAUAUCGUAAGCUCAACUGUACAGUGUCUGAUAAUGUUAAUAGAUGAUGUUGCAGGUUGAUGUACUAGGCACAGGUUUGAAUUAUAUUCCUCUUUAAAUCAGUGCUAUUUGACAGAGUUUAUGUGCUGGGUAAUGUAACCCUGAAACAGCAGAACAGAGUCAGACAUCAUAGAGAUCCAAAACCUAUUUGAUGUACUUUUCAAGAUGAAAUACAUAGUAGUGCUAGCACAAGAGCAGUCUUAAGACAUUUUCACUAACUUGCACUAUUUUGAUCCUGCAUCCAGACUCCAUUGUAAAUAAGACAAAUCAGUAAUUAUUUCCACUAGCAGCUCACAAUGCACACUUUCCUGCCAGCUUUAAUUAUUCAUGCUGUAUCUAUUUCAGUUUCUUUAAAUGCAUUUCCAUCUACUGCAUGUACUUGGUUAUUUAAAGAAAUGUGCCGAAUUGGUAAAAAUGACUGCACAUUACAGGAUUAAUGGUCAUUUUCUCCACAAUGCAGUGUUCAUAUUUUAUUGUAACAGUAGCCACCGGCAUGUGUUCCUAGAAAUAUGAGACUAAAAUACUCAUUUUGCACAGUAAAAUUGCAGCAAGGGAAAGGUAGAAUUGAUCCAGUACGGGCAAGUUCUAGGCCAUUUGCUCCCAAACACCACUUCAUGGGCCAGUACUGCUCCUCAGACAGUCUCUUUAGGCAACCCUGCUUAUCUUAAUGGCUGGGUUGAGUUGCUGUACUGAUGCUUGGGGUAUGGCUGCUGCCUGCCUCCCCAUGCUGCUCCUGUGCAAUGUGUGAUGCUCUGCAGGGUGGAUCUCAGACGAGAGCACCGUGGCCCCUGGCAGCACCGUGCUCCAUCAGUGAAACAAAAGGAGAGAGAAGGGGAAGAGGAACCUCAGGUUACUCUGGGCUGCUUCGUUCAGGCCCAGUCUUAAUCACAAAUUAGGUGAUACCCUUUCUGCGCAUCCCAGCUGAAUUUUAAAAGCUGCUUGGAGGAGUUUAAAGGAGGAAAGCAGCAUUGCUGGACCAGAAAAUUACUACUGUGGCAAGUCCCUGCAUGGUCUGUCCUGCUUUUAGUGAGGUGUUACAGUUUUAUGGAAUAUGUCCAUUUGCUGUUGAAUGUCCCUCUUGUUCUACUCCCUGAGCCUGUGAAGGCCCAGGUAUCUGCUAAGGGCCCCAAAGAUGUAUUCAGUGCCCUGACUCAGGUAGAGCAGAUAGGAACAUAAGUUUUCUUAUUCUGUUGGCUGAGUAGUGUGCUGCUUAAAGAGGGCCGGAAAAAGGAGGAGAAAGAAGAGAAAAAUAUACAAGGACCAGCAGGAAAUUUGGGGAUAACCGUCACACAGAUCUUAGAGUUUGGGGUUGUUUCAUGGUGUUUUUUUAGCUUUGCUGGUGUUUUUUUAAGUGUUGGCAUUUAUAGAGAAAGAGUUCUCUGAUUUCACUCCAAUUGCUUCUUGUCUCUUUUCCAGUUUGACUGAAACUUUAAUUGCCUUUUCUGAUAAAUGCUAACUGACCUUUCAAAACAGCAAAAAACUACAUGUAUAUUUCUUGAAAGGCGCCUUUGUGUUGAGAACACUCCAUGGGAGCAUUCUGUUCUUUGAUUCUUUUGUGGGUGCCAAUAUUUAAUGCUUUGAGAUUUCUUAUGAUCACUUAAAAAAUUCUACUUCUCAAGGUGACUUUUGGCUUGAAUCUAUAUUUUUUGGUUGUAGCUCUUUUUAAAAGGACAUUGUCAGGGUUGUGGGCUCUAUGCUGAAGGUGCUGUCUGUCAGUCAGACCUAUACAGGGGGCACACCUUUGUGAAUCAAAGUUUUCUAGUAAAAGAUGGUUGAAAUCCCUGAUGGGUGAAGAGCUGUAUGCUUUAACUCUAUGAGAUGUGGACAAAAGAAACAAAAGCUAUUAAUUUCAUAGACCCUGUGGAAAGUAAUUUUUUAUAAUGCUGGCUCUUGGUCUAGUUAUCAGCAGUACAUUAGGAAUAGUGUUUAGCAGUCAGUGCAAGCAAAGAUAUUUUGCCAUGAGGCACUACAGAGUUGAAGUUAUUAAAAUAUUUAUAGCCUUAGGAAAAAAAAAUCAAUGAUUGUCAAAUAGGAAAGGACAAAAUCAGUAGUUGGUACUGGGAGGGGAAUUGUUUUCCAUCUGCUAAAACAGUAGAGGAAAUGCAAAAAUUAAACUAGCAAAAGCAAUGACAUGACAGUGUCCUUUUAAGUUUGAGCUUCUAUAUUGGGAGCUGCUGCUGGGGAGUUGGUCCAGCAUAGACUGUUUGUCCAGAGCGUUCCCAGUGAAUAUCCUUCAGCUGCACAUCAGGCUGUGUUUUCCAUGGGGCUUUGUGGAAUAACACGACUGCUGCUAAGGCUCCUACCCACGCCUUCAGUUUGUGUCCUUCCCACGUGGUUCGUGCACACACACUUGCUGGCUGUUUGUGUAGUUAUUGCUUUUGAGCACCUUGCACAUCACAGACCUGUGAUAAUCACACCCUUUUCAUUUCUAGCCUUUCCAGCUUGCUGUUGAAUCUCAUCUUGAGCAUGUAUUUAUAUGUGUAUGUGAGGUCUUAAUCUAAUAAAUUAUCUGGGGGUUUAAUUUAUUCUUCCAGACUUUUAUUUGGCUUAUCUUCUGAUUUUUGUCCAGCUCAGCUGUCAGUACUGCCAUUGACAACGUGUUCCACUUCCCACAACAUCACAUCAUAUUAUGUUCUGAGUCUCCAGUGUGCUAAGAUACAUGAAGAAUUUGUUUUAAGCCUUCUCUUCCUCUCCAGGACAUGGGUCUUACUGUGAGAAGGAGCAAGGCCUCCAUUGGAGCAUGAAGUAAGAGAGAGGUCUCAAAAUACAAAGGAGAAGAGAAUUGAAGAGCCAGCACCAUGUUUUGGGACAAAAAAGUUAAUUAAAGAGUAAGGAAGAAAGGAUGGAGGUGAAGGCAAGAAAGGACGAAGAUGCAAGGUAGAUAACUGUACCAAAGGUGGAGAUGAAGUGGGAGUGAGCCAGAGGGCAGGGACAAAUUCUAAAACUAGAAUAAGCAGGUGAAGGACAAUUGUGUGCUUGUAUCUUAAAGUGAGAAAGGUUUUCAAACACUUGUUCCCAGAAGAGCCUUAUGACUCCGCACCCUUUUCCAAAUCAUGUUCCUGCAUUUGAGGAGCUACUGUCCAAGGCAUGCUUGGCAAAUGAGGGAAAGAAGGAAAUUACCUUGACCUAGCUUUAGCAUCUCCCCUUUAGAGCAGCUGGGCAGGGAGGCCAGAGCACAUGGAGAGCAACUGUGCAGAACCCAGGUAUAACCCAGGACAUGGACUGAACUUAAAUGCUUGCAGGGGAUGGGGACUUAGAUGGGUGAAGAACAGGAGACUGGAGAGCAAGAAUCAGAAUAAACAAAUAAAGUUUGCAGUGAUCCAAUGAGCUGUGGAAGUUUGGUUUUAAGGAAGGAGAGAAAUGAGCUUAGCUGCACUUCAGAGAGAUUGAGCCUGAGAUAUCCAAAAGACAGCCCUUGAAAGUGCAUGUGAGCCUGGGGUUAAACUCUAGAAGUUGCAGCAGAGAUUUCUCAAAUAUGACCUCCAGGCUGUGUUUGAAUUUGUACCAUCUGUGGGGAAGAGAACACAGCCUGGUUAGUUAGAAACCUCCUUUUUCACUGUUACUAAAUUUAUGAAAUUGUGUGCUAAUUAGUGUAUGAUUUAUAAAUUUACAUAACUGCAUGCUACAUAAGACAACACAGAAUAUUGAAUGAGGUGAUUUAAACCAGCAGAAGCAAUGUAGUCUGCUCUGACUGGGUGGCUUUCCUCUGGAAAAUGCCUCCCCCAUCUAGACCUGCUCCUGCAUCACUGGAAGGCUUGUCUGCUCACAGUGACAAUAAAUGUUUUACAAUAUUGUGACUCCGUGUAGCUGAGAGACAUCUAGCUCAAGCAUCUCUGGCGUAGCUGUGCAGCAGAGCUUUCAUGGGGAUCCCUGACUAGGGUGUUUGAAAGCAGAAUUCAGAUAAAAAACAGCAAGAAACCCAACUUGGCCUGGCCAGUGUUGGUGCUUGAGGACUCCUGCAUUUGUAAAUGGGGAGUGGAAGAGCAUCCCAGCUGCAGGAAAAGGAUGGGCUGGAGGGGAAACUGGAUUUGUUUCCUAGCUCUGGGGAAGCCAAUUUGCCUCCCUUCACAGGGUUCUGUGGGUUCUGUGCUGAACUGUGUUUAGCACCACAUCUCAGAGGGGCUGUGGCCUAUAUCAGCACCCACAGCAGAAGGCACUGGAGGUAUCCACCAAAAUAUGUCUGUGAACUGUAAUCUGUAAGAGCAGAAACAUAUGGGGCACACAUUCCUAUUGAACAGAAGCUGAAGCUCUCAGGCUUCUUGUAUUCUGAGGCUUGAAGGAAGGCUUGAAGGCACUGGGGAGCUGAACUGGAGAAACUCAGAUGUCUCUAAGAGGUGAGGUCCCGACAUCUGUGAGGUGAGAGAUGCCCAGGUGGUCCCAGCAGAUGACCUAAUCCAUAAGCUGCAGUGAGAGCCGUUUCCUUGAUUCAAGAUUCAUCCUGAGUAUGUAAAAUAAUUUCCACUCAGAGCAUGCAAUAACCAGUGUGAGUUCAUUUUUUUCUGGUCCCCUAUCUGCAGACAAGAGGAAAGUGAAAAGCUGAAAAAAGGUAUAUUUCCUGGUGCUUACUGGCAGCUACAAUAAAACCUUGAAGCAUGGGUUUGAUUAAAGCAGCUGCCCAAACACAGUGUUGAGUAUUGUGAUCAUUAAGAACAGAGUGAGAACUUCUCCCCUCCACCUGAUAAUGAAGAAAAGGACAAGAUGAAUUCACAGACAUAAAAUCUAGUUCAUUCUUGAAUUAGAGAUGACUAUGAGAAAGUUGCGUUGAAAUUUUAGAAGUGCCUUGUCAAAAUCUUCCAGCAAUUACUCUUUCUGCUACAAAACUGCCUUAUUCUGAGGCUGAUGUUAUCUCAAAACUGCCUUAUUUUGAGGCUGAAGUUAUCUACUUGAAUUUCCAGCUGCUGGACUUUGUCGUGCCUCUAGAAGCAGGAUUACAAAGUUGCCGUAUAGCCAGACUGAGUACCCCAAAGGGAGUCAUAAACUCCUGGUCAAGCCUUCUCUUUGUUGAGAUGGCCUUGUGUCCUAAUGUCUUUUCAGCCUCUGGAUGAUUUGGAGGGCCUAUUUCUGAACAUUUAUGCAUCUUGAAAGGUUUACACUAGAGCAGGAUGCCCAGUUCCAGUGCUGCUGAUGGGACAUGGUGACAGUGUGGCCUCAUUUCUGUACAGCCUUUCCUUUUUGCCACUUUCAGAAGUUUUUUUUUGUUUUGUUUUUUGGAUGUCUUGGGCUGAGUACCAGGUCUGGUUGCAUUUCAGAUCAUGGUUCUGUUUCCUGAAGCAGGAAUUGUGGAAUUGUGUAAGAAAUGAAACCAGGAGGCCCUGCUAAAUUUAGAAGAGUUGAGGAGGAAAGAAUGACAUGAAGUGGAAAUAUCAAGCAGGAAAGAAAAAGAUUGCAGGACUCAGUUUGGGACAGAGCAUGAACUUGUGGGUGCAGUACCUGUGAACUCAGACACCUUGAUAACAAUCUGCCAGACACAUUCUUGAUGGGAUGGGGGAGACCCAGACAACACAAACUCUCAGAAGGAGAAGAGUGAACAAAGCACAAGGCAGUGAUAGCAACAAAAACAGACGAGAAGACUUUUGAGCUGCAGAUGGGGAGGCAAUGACAUCUCUGAAUUGCAGAGGAAAUGGCUCCUUGUCAGUUGAGCUGGUGCCCCUCUAUUUGCACUUGUGCCUUUAGCACAGGGAUCUCAUUACCAGAGAGCUUACUGGCAGAUUGGAGAGAUCGCAGUGAGGAGUAAUAAAAAUGAUCAGGGACUGCUAUAAUUGACAUAAUGAGGAAACAAGAUGAGAAGAGUCAGAUAUUUAUAGCAUGGGUGAGAGAGACAAUUAAAAGGUGGGGUGGGAGAUGGACUGGAUGACCUGAAAGCCUUGUCUGCUUCUAAUAACUCCUUGUCGUCUGCUGAACAGAGGAUUUGAAUUUACCGAGGCUGUCAAUCUGACUCUUAACAGCCCUAACUUCCUGUGUUGAAAAGCUCAGGUGGGUGUACUCUGGCUGUAUUGGCACUGUCAGGAUGUCACUGGUGCUGUACUUUGCUUAAAAAAGUAGUCAUCACCCAUGUUGUGGAAAAAAAUUGACAUGCUGACAGUAAAGAAAAAAAAUUAGGCCUUCAUAAAGUAAAAAGCCAUAGAAAACCUUGCUGAGGGAAAGGGCUGCCUGGGAAGGGCUGCCUGGUUGUUCAGGUGAUGAUGCCGAGCUCUUUCUGCUGCCUGGAGGGUGGCCUGUGGAGAAGGAAGGUCCAUGGGGAGGGAGAAGAUGUGAGAAAUUUUCUCUGUGAGCUGGCACCCAGCUGUGCGUGCAGCUGAGCAACACCACUGCUGCCCAGGAUGCACAGAUGUGCACAGGCUGUUGUCCCCAGCAGCUGCUGAGCUCCACAUACAGCUCUUGAAGCAAGUUCUGGGCCAGGAAAAGCCCACUGAUGGCUAUAGCCGCGUGUGGGGUUCACUUCCCUUCCCAGUUUAUCCAUGUUCCUGCACUGGGGCCAGGGUCAGUGUCCAGGCAGUUUUUUAUAACCCCGUGUUUGCUCUGGACUUGGGAGACUGCAGCAGGAUUGGAGACAGCCAAGCUGGAGACAUCUCAGCUCCUGGGUUGCAGUCAAAUUAAAACACGGCUGUGGAAAGCAAGGGGGCUGUGUGUGUUGGAGGCACUUUGGGGAAAUAUCAGAGUGAUCCUUGUUGAGUCUGGUGGCGGAGUAGCCGCUCUGUUUUAAUGAUACCUGUGUGCAAAGGCCACAGCUGCUGUCAUCCGUUUCACAUUAGUCUGACUUUCACAGAGCAGACAUAGCCUAGGGUGGUGACCAGGAAAAGAAAAAAAAACCCAAAAAGCCAUUCAUUUUUCACCGAUUUUUCCAUCCCUCUGAGCUGUGAUACCAGUCUGUGGCUGAGCAACAGUAAUCUUAUCCAGCGUACUGUUGAUUUAAGCCUCUUGGAUUUAUAUAACUUUGGAAAUGGUAAACUAUAUUAAUUUGCUGUGUUUUCAAGGGAAAGUUAUUUAUUGAGAGACAUUUUUAACUCAAGUGCCAGGAGCCUUAAAUCAUUAUAAUAAAUUCAUGCUAUUCAGGGUUUCUUACAUUGUAAUAAAUUUGUUUUAAACAUGAA